UAAUAUUACUAUGUAGACUACAUGAAACUGACAAAACAUUUGUUCCCUUGGCAAUAUUAAUAAUAAAUAAUAAUUUAGUUAGUAGCAGUUAUUGAUUUAUAUCUUGUGGAUUACAUUAAUAAAAUAAAAGCAAAAUGACUCAUGUUUUAAAAGUAUUAAUAAAUGCUUCUGAAAAGGCAGCCCAGGUAGCUAAAUCGUGUUGCGAAAAUUCUGACAUGCUAUUAGUUGCUGAAAAAUGUGGUACUGAAGCUAAUAUUCGCUUUGAUAAAGAUUUUAAGACAAUUGCGGAUGUGUUGGCCCAAGAGUCUGCUAAAGCAUUAAUAAUUUCACACUUUCCUGAACUAGAAUCUCAAGUGAGAGGUGAAGAAUGUUCUGAAAUGAAUGGUGUAUGUAUUCGACUUCAAGAAGACACAGAAAAAACCUUUGAGUCACUUAAUUCUUUGAUACCAACAAUAACUGCUAGAAGGAUGGCUGAAGCAGCACACUGUAAUAUCAGCCUCAACUUAGAAUUGCCUUGUCUUCCAGAGCUUGACCUUAAGAACUUAGGAAUAUGGAUUGAUCCUAUUGAUGCCACUGCAGAAUUCAUAUCGGGUGUGCGAGGUGAAGCAAAACCUGGACAUGGCCUCCCAUGUGUGACAGUUUUAAUUGGAGCCUAUUUGAAGACCACAGGAGAACCAGUAAUUGGAGUAAUUAAUCAACCAUUUUAUAAAAAUGGGAAAGGUCGUGUUAUCUGGGGCUAUAGUUUUGGAAAUAUACGCAUAUGGUCUAAAAAUGAGGAUUUUGCAUCUGAUGAAAAAAUAAUUUUAAUGAGUGGAGCUGAAAACCCAGAAAUUAUUAAUAAGUUCAAAAGUUCAGGAUGGCUUGUGAAGUCUGUCCCUGGAGCUGGUCAUAAACUUAUGAAAGUAGCCUUAGGUGAAGCAGCAGCAUAUAUUGUCUCGCAGGGAACAACAUUCCGUUGGGACACUUGUGCUCCGCAUGCUAUCAUUCGAGCUAUAGGCGGAGAUUUACUCACUUAUAAAAAUUACACGCCUAUUACUUACAAUGAUGAAAAAGAUCUAGAAACCAAAGAAUAUUGUAAUAAAGAUGGUAUUAUUGCCUAUUGUAGCAAUUCCGUUUUAAAUGAGCUAAAAUCUAUAAUUUCUUAAAAUAUUUCAGAUUGGUUAACUUUAGUCAGACUUUAGACUUAUUUAAACCUUACAGUGUUUCUGUAUAUUUUAUGCUAUAUUUAUUAAAUAAAUUAUUGACCAUAAAUUAUAUAUUGAGUAAUUGUUAAGAAAAUUUACAUUUACUAAAUUAAAUAUUAAUUAUCAGUUACAUUAUCAUGUUUUGAAUAUCUAUUUAUAUUAAGCUUAAAUGCUAUAUAUAAAUGUUUUAUGAGAUUUUUAAGUCAGUAAAACUUAUAUAUUUAUUAGAAUUCUAAUAUUUAUUAGUGAAUUCUACUGUGUGUAGUCUUACCUGUACCUGAAACUUGGAUCUCACUUACAUAUAAUCAUAGUGUUGUAAUUUUUGUUAAUAUAAAUUAUGAGUAUAAUUGUUACAAAUCUUAAUUAUAGGUCUUGCAUGAAACACAAUUUUAUGGGAAAUAAAUAUAUUUUAUUUAAAAA